AUGUUUCAAGGUGGCUUCUACGACCAAGACGACCCCAUGGAUGGAGUCUUCCACCCGGGCCUCAUGCAUCGAGCUGGCCAUACACCUCGAAGAUUUGAUGAAUAUUACAGAUGUUACCCCGUGGCUAUGAUCCCUGGGCCAGAGAGAGAAAACGCCAAUCACGGUGGGAAGGUCUUCCUGCCGCCCAGUGCCCUAGACAAACUUACCCGGCUACAUAUAACGUAUCCUAUGCUAUUCGAGGUUCACAACGGCGCAAAGCAGAGAUUUACGCAUGCAGGAGUGUUAGAAUUCAUUGCAGAGGAAGGGAAGAUAUACUUGCCGUUUUGGAUGAUGCAGACCCUAUUACUGGAACCUGGGGAUCUUAUUCAGAUUAAAUCGACCGACCUACCGCUUGGACGCCUUAUCAAACUCCAGGCACAAUCCACUUCAUUUCUCGAUAUUAGUGACCCUAAAGCUGUUCUUGAAAAUGCUUUCCGCAACUUCUCCUGCCUAACCAAAGGCGAUAUUUUCACCUUUUCAUACAAUGACCAGACGUACGAAAUGGCUGUUUUAGAAACCAAGCCAGAAAACCCCGAGAAUGCUAUUUCUGUUCUCGAAACCGAUCUAGAAGUCGAUUUUGCCCCUCCACUAGGUUAUGAGGAGCCGAAAAAGCCCUCCGGAACAAGUACCCCCUCUAGCCUGAUCAACUCCAACUUACCCCAUGGUGGUAUGCUCCAUCCGCAUGGUUCGAUGGCGCAAUCAAUCAAUUACGCCGCGAUUGCCCCGGAAUCAACGACUGUAGCACAGGGCGAGAAAACUGUUUCCUCUAACUUCUUGCAAGGUGGUCAACGGCUGAAUGCAAAAAAGGGCAAUAAGCAGCCGACGCCCAAGGCAUCAACUCCCGCUUCUGAUGCUUCGACAAAUGUCCAGCCCCCUGCUCCCGUCCGCCGGAAUAACGGACCCCAGCCCCUAAGGUUGCCACCAGGAAAGCUCUUUUUUGGUUACGAGAUAAAACCAGUUCAAAAGCGGGCUGAAGAAGGUGAUAAGGAAGGGCAGAGCAAAACUAAAUUUUCAGGGGCUGGUCAAUCGUUACGGGGAGCAAAGAAAAAGUAG